AUGGUCUCAACUUCAGCAUCCGACGAAUGUCCGUUCCCACAGAAUCGUGACCAUAUUUAUUCCGAUAAAUUUAUUUGUUUUGAUCCUCAUUCUUAUUCUAGCGGCCGGUGGUUGCGGCAGGACAAGUCAGAACGUGCCGCUCGCUACAUUAAAUUCGACUUCAAUGCACUCUGCCAGAAAGUCCUUGAUGUCUCUCCCGGCGCAGACACCAUCAUAAACUGCAAGAAACUUGAAGGAGGAUUUAACCGGGUGUUCGUUUUUACAUUAAACGAUGCCAGGCAGGUUGUGGCGAGACUUCCAUUUGCUCUUGCUGGACCAGCGAAACUAACUACGGCCUCGGAAGUCGCUACUAUAAAAUACCUACAAUCCAAGACUAGUAUUCCCAUUCCCGCGAUUCUUGACUGGAGCAACGAUGCUACAAAUGCCAAUAAUACUAUUGGUAGCGAAUACAUUAUUAUGGAACAUGCUACAGGCGUGCAGCUGCAUCAGAAAUGGCCUGAAAUGGCCGGUGACCAGCGGAUGAAAGAGUUGGUUGACCUACGGUUUCCAGCCUUCGGGAGUCUGUACUUCGCUAAUCCUCCUGGUUUUGGUGGUAUGUAUCCCUUGGAUAAAGAGUUUUGCAUUGGAGCACACUGUGGAACUCGGUAUUGGGAUUGUUCUGUUGGUGAGCAGAGAUAUUAUCAUAGUGUGAAGCCUAACCAAGGACCCUGGGGCAAUAUUGGUGAAUUUUGUGAUGGUCUCAUUGACGCAGGUCUCUCAAGACUCCCUCCAGUCAACUCUAACAUCGAUAACAAACCUUUUUAUCAUGGUUCAACCAGAAUACACCGGUCUCUGUUAGAAGGCGCUCGAGCUAUGCUGAAGCAAAUGUCUACUGAUCAUCGAAUUGCAGAAGCUGCCAUACCAUUGCUGUUCCACCCAGACCUACAUAAAAGGAAUAUAUUUGUCUCGGAAGACGACCCUGCCACCAUUACGGGCAUUAUCGACUGGCAGGCGACAAGUAUUGAGCCAGCUUUCUGGUAUUCCGACGAGAUACCAGAUUUUGCUACACCUAUUGAAACAGGGGAUAGCAUUUAUGCUGAAGCGUUUGAAGUCUCUUCUCAGUUCCUUACACCCAUUCUCUCUGGUCCUCGGCUGAUAGACGAAACUCUCUUCCGGCCUUUUCGUUAUAGCUACAGGACUUGGAAGGACGGGGCAGUGGCACUGCGCCACGAUAUGAUUGAAACAGCUCGACGUUGGAAGGAACUCGGACUUGUAGGCCAGUGUCCGUACCCUCUACCAACGCCAAAGGACUUAGUAGAUCAUGAGAAGGAAUACAAACUUUUCGAGGCAGCACAGGGCCUAAGACGGGACCUCUCAACCCUGCUCAAUACAGCGUCCGAUGGAUGGGUGCCUCCUGAGGAGUGGGAAGUAACGGAAUCGGCUCAUAAGGAGAUAUUCACUGGGAUGUUACGGGCCGUUUUAACAAAUCAAGAACUGGAUGAGGAUGAGCCUGUGAAAGACGAGGAAACCCUUUGA